UGUCUCUGGUGGUUUAUACGUAUCCUGGUCCACGUAACAGUGAGAUGGUUUAAUGCACUUUUGCUACCGGUAAAAGAUGAAUUCGAUCGUGACUUUGCUGUUUUUUGUCUCGUGUGUGAGCACCAGCGCAAUCCCCUCUGUGGUCUUAAGGCCAGAGGUCAAGUUGAUAAACACCAGCUGGACGGUCUACGCUUGCCCGUCAGAUGGCGCUGCCGACGACCAGACGACAGCUUUCGUCCUGCCCGAUGGAAACGGUUACGUAAGACCCAAUGACGUCGUGAUCAGCAAACAGGCAGGAGGGAUGAUGCACAAGAUUUCUCACUCUGCAUCACUUGGGACAUACGGCGUAUUUUUAGGAAAGAUUGCAGAACUUGAUGACGUGUUUGAACAAGUGAAGAUAUCUGAACCGUCCCAAGAAACAGAAGAGAUCGAAAGACCAGAGUCCCAAGAGAGCGUUCCUGAUUCGAACUUGAUUAAAACUCUUACCUCACGGAAUGGUUUGGUCUCUGGUAACACCACAGUUGUUAAACUGAAAGGUAGAAGUAAAGUUUGGAAAUGCGCAGGGCAUGUGUACCAGGGCGAAAACGAGACGUCGCACGUGACUUUUUACUUGGUGAUUCCGCGAAGAGAGAGUGACCACAUCAAUGUAGAUGACGUAUUGGUGGGCAGUUCUAGCGGCGGUUUUCUGGAAAAAGUGACAGAAAUUGUGUCCAUCCCUUCCCCGUGGAGAACGAAGUUCGUCCACACCGAAUUAUUGUUAUGUGGAAACCUAGAAGACUCAUCAGAUGUAUUUCGGAUUAAUGAAAUUCGGAGAGGCUUACAAUAUACCUCUUGCGUUGGUGGAGAUGGAAUCCCAGGCCUUCAAAUGUUCCAGAGACGGACUCCACGCUCGGUAUCAGUUGGUAGCGUUAUACCUGGGAGACCCUCCCAAGAAUUUGCUGCAAAGGUACUCCGAAGUUUCCAGAAAGAUGGCUACAACUUCUUUGAAGUUUCUCCUGUGGAAUCCAUUGAAGGCGGGGAGGUGACUGUGGCGAGCACGGGUAUCACGACAGAUAGACAUGCAAGACAGAAGAGAACGACAUUCACAGCGGGAAAAAGAUUCAAGGCAACGUUUCCAGUAACCCUAGGGAAAGUUAAGGUCCCAUGUGGCACCUUCACAGCCUCGGCGAAGGCAAUUUUUAGGGCAUAUCCUCGAGUAUCAAUUACACUGAGGUGGAGCCGCCCAUUCCUUCACAGGAUCAAAGCAUCCCUCGAUUCCUCGGUGACAUUAAGGGUGACUCUGAGACUGGACUUCAAAUGCAGGGUGUCAUACACUGGCCCAAAGAAAGCUAAAUUCAACCACCCUAUUGACAACAGGCAUCUGGUCUCUUUGUGCAUCCCGAUAUGGGCUGGCAUAUGCAUCCCUGUUGGUAUUCUCGCUGAUUUGAAGGUGAAAUAUGUAUUGGAAGCACAGGGAAAAGGAUUUGCUGAGUUAUCGCUGGAACGAACCGGAAGUGUGGACAUGUCGGCAGGCUGGUCCAGUACUUCUGGUGUCUUCAGUUCCGGUCCUGAUUUCACGCUAAGCUCCCCGGCUCCGAAAUUGAGCGGUGGCCUAACACGUGACCAAACGUUUGCGUCAGCAACGCUUACUGUUACCCCCGCCCUGAAGGUGCACGUCCCGAACCUGAAAACCAUUGCUAGAUUUCUUCGAGCUGCUGGAUGGUGGAUUCGAAAAGUUCUGAGGAAACUCUUCAAAGUUGAAAAUCAACGUAGGAUUCAACCCAUACUAGAGUUUGUGGUAUCGGCUCCGCUUGUCGGACGUGCGAAAGUAACUGCUUGUCCAAAUGACUGCGACCCACCACAGGACAAACUCAAAGUGGAAGGACAUGCGGGGUUACCCGAGAGCAUUGACGGGGACCUUACGGUUAAAGUUCCACUUACAAGUAUCUCUAAAACAUGGAAAGUGUUUAGCAUACCUGGAAAACAUUACGAUGGAAAAAAAUGUUUCGCAUCCAAUAUAAUCAAAUGUAAUGGACCACCAAAGACUACGCCUACCCCACCGACAGAAGAACCUACAACUCCUAUGAGACCAACAACCCCGCGCCCAUCUUCCAAAACAGAACCUUCAACACUACCAACAACGAGUUCCCCAUCAACUAUGGUAGAUUCUUCCACUCAGUCAACCCCUACAAUAACAUCCACCCCAACUGUAACAACCCAACCCCCUACUAUGACUGAAUCCAAGCCAGCAAUAACAAGUUCCACAUCGACUAUGACAGAUUCUUCUAUCCAGUCGACCUAUUCAAUAAUAUCGCCUUCUUCCUGGGCAACAGAAAUUACAAGUAUGGCUGAAACACCAUCAGCAACAAUAAGUUCCACGUCGUCUAUGACAGAUUCUUCCACGCAUUCAACCCCUAGGAUAACAUCAACCCCAACUGUUACAAUAGAACCCACAAUUAUGACCGAAUCUACACAAUCAGCAACAAACCCCACAACAUCGACAAUGACAGAUACUUCCACGCAGUCAACCCCUUCAAUAACAUCGACCCCAACUGUCACAAUAGAACCCACAAGAAUUACCAACAUCCCACCAGACGGAACAAAUCCCCCACCAGGCCCAGAAACUUCUCCUCCCUCGACGUUUCCUGCAAACGCAUCAGACGGACCGCAAGACACGACGGAUCCCACUCCGUACGAGACCCCUUCUUCAAAACACACAACCUCUCCCUGGCUAACAAGCUUCACAGUGAGAACAACUCCCCUCACACCAAACACAACAGAAGUCAUCACUACAACAUCAGCGCCAAACACCACUUCCUUUUCCACUGAAUACCCGGAUGAGGACAUGUGCGCCCUAAUGCCCUGCGAAAAUGGAGGCAUCUGUGUAGAUGGACAAGGCGAAACCUUUUCUUGUGUUUGUCCACAAAAUUUCACUGGGCAAUUCUGCCAAAAUAGAGUCAAUGGUUGGACAUGUACGUGUCAAGGAUGCAACCCACAGACCUUCAGGUGUACCGGGGAUCCACGCUUCCCCGAGUGUGACUGUGUCAACUGUGACUGUGACAUCUAAAGGGUCAGCGCUGCCACUGGAUUGUCAGACUUGUAAAGCCAGCAAAUGAAGCACAUUAUUUAUAUACUAUUCAGAUGACAAUUUAUCGCGCGCUCUCGUGCUAUGCCAGGGUUACUUUUUCUUCAUUCUUAUUUCAUGGACUCGUAUAAAACGGAUAAGCUUAUGUAGCUGUCCAUCUAAAAAGAAAAGCACACUGAAGUCGAUCAUAUAUAUGACCUCAUUUUUACCGUUAGUGACACUCGUGUCACUAAAGCCCCCUUUACACUGGACGGCGUCCU